CUGACCCCUGUUACUAGGUUUUAUAUAUUAAACAAAUAUCUACUACUAGCAUGUUAUAAGGUGCAAUAUCGGAUUAGAUGAACGAUUAACCUGCAUUUACUAUUUUUGAAAAUGGUGUUAAAUUUAUUAGCAUAUUGUGACAGAUGGAGAAAUGGAUUUUAGAAGUUAACCAUCAAUAUAACUUGGUUUAAUUCAUAAUAUUAAAAUUAUGAAAAAUAUGCAUCCAGGUAUAAAAUGUGAAAUUUGAGUAAUGUACUGAAGAGGAGUAGAAUUCAGUGGGUUUGAACAUGGAGUAAAUUCACAGUGUUUCUUAGAAAGUAACAAUUUGAGUUUUACAGUGGAAAGAUAGAGAGUAACAAUUUGAGUUUUACAGUGGAAAGAUAGAAAGUAACAAUCUGUGUUUUACGGUGGGAAGAUAGAAAGUAACAAUCCUGUUUUAUGGUGGAAAACAUAUAUUUUAUAAUACCGUAAUUAAAUCGAAAUGUUGUGUUUUGCGGAGCGACCCGUUCCUCCCACUCCGACACCUACUAGACAAUCAAUGAGAUCAUCUCCAAUAAGCAGAUACUCAAAUUCGAGUGGAAAAUCAAAAUUACAUCGACCAAAAACUGCCAGUGCUGUCAUCUUUCGCAGCGAUUGUAAUCGAGUCAAUCAGUUAGAACAUGAAGCUACCAGAAGACAUAAUUUUGAAAGUCAUCUGCCAUCGAAAAAACCAAAACCACCAGCAUGGCAGAAAAACUUAGAUCCUCCAUUACAACCUGUGUUGGUUGGACCUGGAUAUGUUUUAUCUAGAAGUAAAAGUCAGAUGUCCAUGGUAAUGAAAGAUAAUUUCUUUGAUGCUCAUACAGAAGUUCCUGAUAGUCCUCGUAGUCCAAGCACCAGACGCAACAAGGGAGGAGAUCCUGAAAGGGAUAGUUUAAUCGCCCAGUUACAAGAACAGGUGAAUGAUCUGACUCUUUAUCUCGAGGAAGAGCGAUUAAACCACAGACAAACAAAACAAAAAGCUGAAGAACUUUUAAAAGAUAAAUUAGAAGAUUUGGCCAAUCAACAUACACACCACAUCAGAGACUUACAAGAUGAACAUCAAUAUAAUAUGGAGUCGUUACAAAUAGAGAAAGAAAAAGAAUUUGAUGAAUAUAAGGAAAAAACAGAUCAAAGGAUUCAUAAGAUGUCGACAGAGAUUGAGUUUUUACAGGGAGCGUUCGAGUCGUAUAAAGGGACGUUAGAACAGGAAACAGACAAUAAAUGGCUGGAGAAGGAGGAAGAAUUACGCCGAGAACUUGAACAAGAAAAAAUGGAAGCCAUUCAAGAAAUUAAAAAUAAAAUAUUACAAGAGAAAGUUGCUGAUAAAUCAGGCAUAACAAAAGAUUUUCAACGACAGAAAGAAUCCAUUAAAAGAGAACAUAAAAAAGAAAUUGAGGCGAUGAAGAGACGGUAUGCGACCGUGGCAGCAGAUUUAGACAGAUUAAAUAAAGUUGUUAAAGAAUUAGAUGAAGUAAAAGAAGAAUUAGAAGAAGUAAAGACGAGUUAUUCUGAGACGUGUUCAUUGUUAAAUACGACCAGUAGACUUUUAACGGAUACGAAAGUACGAUUAUUGGAAUAUGAAGAACAGUUUGCUGAUAAAGUUCAGUUAAUAGAUGAUAAAUAUAGAACUAGAAUCGAUGAACUAAUGAGACAGAACACUGAACUCAGACAACAAUAUGUGAAGAAAUGUGGUCAGUUAUAUGAAGAGAAGGCAGUUACAGAAAGACAAGUAUUUGAUAAAGUUACCUCAGCUAAGAAAACCAUGGAGGAACUAAUCAAGGUCAAAGAAAGGUCAAAUGUUAAUUUAAUCGCCAGCGAUCCAGAUUUAGAGAAAAGGGCCCGGAAACCUAAAACACGACCGAGUAGUGCUCCAACGACGAACAUCGAGGGUGUCAAGGCUCAUCUCAGUGCUGGUGAAACAGAUCAUUUAUUUCCUGCCGAGGAAUUCUUACGGCCGGACACAGUUUUACCAGAAGACAACCCAGAAACAGAACAAAUGCGCGAAGAUCUUUUUUCACAGGAUGUUAAAGUUUUCUCCAAGGAAGAUUUGUUGGACGUUUUGUUACAGUCGUAACCAUGGCGAUGUUUAGUGAUCCAAAUUCAAGACGUCUGUCUGCCAACAAGUUUUUAGUUGAAUUGCUAGUGAGAAGUUUAUGAAAUGUUCAUUUAUAUCAGUUAGAACAGAAAUCCCAAUCCAAUCCAUUUCAUUGGUCGUUAAGGCUGGCUCAAAAUCCCAAUCAGAUCCAUUUCAUUGGUCGUUAAGGCUGGCUCACACCCUGCCGUCACACCCUGCCGUCACAUCCUGUCGUACAUGCUACUAAGGGCAGUCUACAGUGGAAAUUUUAUAAAUGUUUGCUUGGGACUUACACGUCACUUGCAUGUGUUUGGCACUGUAGAAGAUCGCGGACUGGCCGUAGAGACUUUUGGCCCUGUACAUUCAAACUUUUCACCUGGUUUCUUGCGGCUGGUCUGUGAGCUACCAAACCCUACGAUCCGUGCGUGUCAAAACUCAUACGACAGGUUGUGAGCUACUGUCUGAACCAUCGUAAAUUUUAUAUGGAUUUCCUGUAAAGGUAUUUUGUCAUCACCACUGUCUGUCUGUCCACAAAUCAGAGAAUUAUUUAGAAAUUCACAGUCGUGCAGAGUUACUGCCCCUAUCACUGGUACCCUGUAUACACUCGAUAGUUCAGAGUUUUUACAAACUUACUUGGAUAGAUCUGUUAGUCUCAAAUAUAUAAACAUAUCGAAAUUCAGUCAUUUUACAAGUGUUUGUAGAUUUACACUAAAAGAUCUGUCACAGAGUUACUGCCCCUGUUACAGAAACCCUGCCAGAUUUUUUUCCCCAUGUCACAGAGUUACUGCCCCUGUUACAGAAACCCUGUCAGAUUGCUCCCUAUGUCACAGAGUUACUGCCCCUAUCCCCAUUUAGACAUAUUGGGGAUACUCGAUGAACAUUUCGGAAUUGAAUACUCAUGAUCCCCAAAAAUAGUGACAAUCGAGUGAAAAGGGUGGUUUCUGAGCUACAAAGCAUAAGCGGACUGGAUAAGAAAAUAUCUCAACCAACAAUGACAGCUGCAACAUAUUACGUGGCAAUUCUACUCACACCAUCUCAGUUGUCGGGACCGGCAGAAUUGUGACAGGACUGUAUUCCGUGUCACUCGCUUGCGAUUCCGUCAAUUCUUCGGGACGUUCUGGACUGACAUUCAAGCAUGCCCAAUAUUAUAUAUAGCUGCUUUGUAAUUAAACAUACAUUAUGCUAAAUCUGCCUGAAAUGUUAUCUUAAUUAUUAAUUAGACAUUAAUUAACCUAUCCAGAGCAUAAUCAACCCUCGAUGUCAUCGCUAGCCUGCGAUGUUUAUUGGAUUAGUUCUGAUUUGCUGUUCGACUUCCAUUCAUGAUUUAAUCAUGAAAUGAAUAAUCAAGACUAUGUUUUUUUAUCGUACUGACUUUAGUAGUGAUGAUCGAGGCUAGGCCGAAAAUUCAAUUGCUAAAAUCUCGUUUCAGAGAGGAUCAAUUUGACUGAAAUUUUCAGCAAAUUGCCUUUACAUUAUCUAGUUUUUAACUGUUAUAGUGAGAACUACCAUCUCUUUAUCUAAUCUUCCAUAAUGUAUCUUUAAAGGUACAUUCCCGCAUACAAACUUUGUGAUUUGAUGAUAUAUUUGGACUAAAAACAUAUUCAAAGUAACCAAUGUAUCAAAAAUUUGCUUCAAUUCCCUCUCAAAACUUAGUAUUUGCCGGGGAUACCUAAACCUAUAGAUAUAAGUAAGCUGUUAUUGGAAAGAACCACCUGAUAAAUACUUUUCUGGAAAAGUAUGUUUAAGGUUCAUUAUUAUAGCUGUUUACAUGUGGAAGAUGGACAACCAUUGUUUAUUAUUAUAAUUAUUAUUAUUAUAAGCUAUAUUAUUUAUUGUUGCCAAAUUAACUGUGAUAUUUAAUUAUUAAUCAAGAUAUUGUAUUGUUUUAUAAUAAACAGCUAGAAUAACAAUCUA